UUUUUGAAUUCUACAAUCAUGUACAAAUCAUGUACAGUUCUUGUGUACUGUCCUUUUUACUUUUAUUUAAAAGUAAGUGUAAAAAAAUUGCAAAAACCAGUUCAAUUAAUUGAUCCUUAAAAAUAUAAAGAAAUGGUCCAAUAAAAGGAAAGCGUGUUAAAUAAAAACUCUGCUGCGUUGUAUUGCAAAAGUCGAAAACUAACUAUAAAAGAAAAUAAUAAAAAAAAAUUUAAAAACUCUAAUGCCGAACCAAAAGAAUCCAUAAUAAAAGCAUACAUAUAUAAAAACCUCACUGCCUCAAAUCUCCCACCAAACCCAUAUGCGAAACCUCCAAGAAAUUAGAAAAGAUGUAUCAAGAAAAUUUAUCAACUCGGUUUUUGACUCAGUCAUCUUCUGCACGUUUCUGUUGGAAUCUGUCUGAGGAGAAGCAGUUUGAGAAAGCUCUGGUGCAAUUUUCUGAAGAUUUACCUGAUCGGUGGCAACAAAUCGCGGAUUGCAUAGGAAAAUCGGUUCAAGAAGUGACAGAGCAUUAUGAAGAAUUGGUUCGUGAUGUUAAUGAGAUUGACUCGGGUCGUGUUGAAUUGCCAUGUUAUAGAGAUGGAAAUAGUUGCUGGGAAAGUAUGGGGGCUGUUCCUAGCGAGAUUUCUUUUGGUGGAAAGAGUAAUAAGCAGGCUGAUUCUGAAAGAAAGAAAGGAACUCCAUGGACAGAACAUGAACACAGGUUAUUUUUGAUUGGACUACAUAGAUAUGGCAAGGGUGACUGGAGAAGCAUUUCAAGGAAUGUAGUGAUCACAAGAACACCAACUCAGGUAGCUAGCCAUGCCCAAAAGUACUUUCUGCGCCAGAAUUCUAUGAGUAUGAAAAAAGAGAGGAAAAGAUCAAGCAUUCAUGACAUCACUACUGUGGAUGACAAACCAGUUCCUCUGCCUAUCGAUCAAAGUUGGAUACCUCCACCUGGUGCUCCAGUUCAGCAACUCUCUGGAAUGCAAGAUGCACCAAUGCCCCCCGCAGGCCAUUUUCCGAAUCAAGGAGGGUCAAUGGGGUACCAAAACUACGACUUUCAUAUGUAAAGAUAGUAAGAUUUAGUAUUUUGUACAUAUAGCUGCUGUCCACAUUGGAACUCAAACUGUACAGUCCAUUCAUGUUCUUUUAUAGGUGCAUAGGAACAUAGGGAAGUGAAUCCAGUUGCACAGUUUAUGAAAUCCUUUGAAUUUAGAGAGUGAAGAAGAUAGUCAGUUUACAUAAUUGAGGAAUUAAUUCAAUGAAAUUUUAUUUUUGCUCUUUUA